AUGUCUCUGCUAGGAUACGCCAGUGACUCUGAUGACGAGCCCAGCUCGCAAUUGAGGCUUGCUCCCGCGCCUGUUGUAGAGACCCUAAAAAAGCCGGACACCCAAAAACCAAACGGAAAACGGACAGUCACAGGCUUUGUUGAGACAGCAGUGAUAGACAGCUUACAGUUCCAGAGAAAUAAAAGAGUAUACGAACAGGGCCCACAAGAGCCAGAAAAAGAGCGAUCCAAGUUGCGCAAGCAGCGUGCAAAGGAAUUAAAAAGUCGCCGCAAGAAAAAAGGUGAUCCAGGCGAGCUGGACGGCGAAAACGCGUACAGAGGACCGUGGGCCGGCUAUAGCGAGAGCGAGGACGAGGGCGAACUAGAGCAAGUAGAAGUCGACGCAGCAUCAGAAGCGGCCUCUGGGAGCGAGUCGGAGGAAGAACCGACUGCUGAAGAGACGACUACGUUCUACGGUGGCUCGCGAUACGACUAUCUGGGGAGAACAUAUAUGCACAUUCCCAACGACGUGGAAACCAACUUACAUAAGGAGCCAGGCAGUCAGCGCUGCUACGUGCCGAAAAAGAAGAUCCACACGUUUGCCGGACACGCACGAGGUGUACAAUGUCUGCAGUUCUUUCCUAAUAGUGGCCAUUUACUACUUACCUGUGGAAAUGAUUCGUCAAUCAAAUUAUGGGACGUAUAUCAUAAACGGAAACUGCUUAGAGGAUUCUAUGGACACAUGAAGCCUGUGAAAUGCGUGACGUUCAAUUCCUCGGGAUCUCACUUUUUGAGCUGCUCGUACGACCAAACGGUCAAACUUUGGAACACAGAUACCGGCGAGUGCAAUUUUAGGAAAAAACUGGAUGGCAUCCCCAACGUUGUCAAAUUUAUUCCCGACAACGACAAUGAGUUUCUGGUCGGCAUGGCAAACAAAAGAAUCGACCAUUACGAUCUGACAACUGGCGACGUGAUCCAGUCGUACGAGCACCACACAGACGCGGUCAACAGUCUUGAGUUCAUCAACGAUGGGGAAAACUUUGUGUCCUCGUCGAGCGACAAGUCGCUGCGGAUCUGGGAGGUCAAGGUCAACAUGCCCGUGAAACUCAUAGCAGACCCCAGACAGUUCUCCAUGCCGUUCUUGAAAGUUCACCCCAAAGGUUUUGCGUUUGUCGCACAAUCUUCCGACAACACCAUUCAAACAUUCACGGCCAGCGCCGAAGACAAGUUCAAGCGCAACAGAGACAAAACGUUCACUGGCCACAACUCCGCCAAUUACUCCAUUGGAUUACAGUUCACGCCGGACGGGAGAACGCUAAUGAGCGGCGACUCGCACGGGUUUGCAUUUUUCUGGGACUGGAGGUCCACCGAGCUGAUCUCCAAGCUCAAGGUCAGCUCCAAGCCGAUAACCUGCAUCGAUUCACAUCCCCAAGAAAGCAGCAUGGUGGCUCUCGCAGGAGCCGACGGGAAGGUUUGUUUGUACGAUUGA